AUGGAAUUUUUCGUAGAUAAUUUCGAAUAUUCGUACGUUGUACCAGCUCCGACGAGCUCGCCUAGUGAUUGGAGUUCGAAUUCAAGCUACAAUAGUUUUUCCGAUGAUACUAAGAUAUUAAAUAAUGCAGAUUUAGGACGAAGAAAACCACAAGUUACACCUACUGUUUUAAGAAAAAGACGACUAGCUGCCAACGGGAGGGAGCGACGAAGAAUGCAGAAUUUGAAUCAAGCGUUUGACAAAUUGAGAACUUUCCUACCACAACUCGGAGAAGAUAGACAGCUUUCUAAAUACGAAACUCUUCAAAUGGCGCAAACUUACAUCUCAGCAUUAUAUGAAUUACUGGAUCAAGAGCGGAUGGAAAGUGUUCAGUGA